ACCACGUAAAAUCAUCGCUUUCACUAGCUGCUGGUGCUCCAUAAAGAAGAGACGGGCGAGCUAGUCCCUGCCUCCGCCUCCGCUACCUCUGACCUCUCCAAUCCGUUACUGCUCAAGGCUCUGCGCUAGCCGCCCGCGCGUCCGGCUCCAGCCUCUGCCAUGGGAUCAGCCGGUGAGGCACUCCCGCCGCCGGCCAGUGAGACGCGACCAUGGGACAACUAUUCUCAGGCCAAGCUUUCCACAGUCGCUCUUGCGCCCAAAGGGAGGCGUGCGGCGUCAGACGCGCCGGCGGGAGGGGAAGGCGGCUGGAGCGGGCAGGACGAGAAGCCGGCGGCCGACGACGACUGGCUUCCGAUCAACGCGAGGAGGAACGCCAAGUGGUGGUACGCCGCCUUCCACAAUGUCACCGCCAUGGUGGGCGCCGGCGUGCUUACCCUUCCCUAUGCCAUGUCCGAGCUCGGCUGGGGCGUGGGCGUCACGGUGCUGGUCCUGUCGUGGGUCAUCACGGUGUACACGCUGUGGCAGAUGGUGGAGAUGCACGAGUGCGUGCCGGGGAAGCGGUUCGACCGGUACCACGAGCUGGGGCAGCACGCGUUCGGCGAGAAGCUGGGCCUCUGGAUCGUGGUGCCGCAGCAGCUGGUGGUGGAGGUGGGCCUCAACAUCGUGUACAUGAUCACCGGCGGCCAGUCCCUGCAGAAGUUCCACGACAUGGUGUGCCAUGGCCGGUGCCGGCGCAUCAAGCUCCCAUACUUCAUCAUGGUCUUCGCCUCCGUGCACUUCGUGCUCUCCCAGCUCCCCGACUUCCACUCCAUCUCCAGCGUCUCGCUCGCCGCCGCCGUCAUGUCGGUCGGCUACUCGGCGAUCGCGUGGACCGCGUCGGCGGCGCAGGGGAAGGCGGCGGAGGCGGAGGCCGACUACAGCCUGCGCGCCACGACCACGCCAGGGAAGGUGUUCGGCUUCCUGGGCGCGCUGGGCGAUGUGGCGUUCACGUACGCCGGGCACAACGUGGUGCUGGAGAUCCAGGCCACCAUCCCGUCCACGCCGGGGAAGCCGUCCAAGAAGCCCAUGUGGAAGGGCGUCAUCGUCGCCUACGUCGUCAUCGUCGCGUGCUACCUCCCCGUCGUGCUCGUCGGCUACUGGGCCUUCGGCAACGGCGUCGACGAGAACAUCCUCAUCACCCUGAACCGGCCGCGGUGGCUCAUCGCCGCCGCCAACAUGAUGGUCGUCGUCCACGUCGUCGGCAGCUACCAGGUGUACGCCAUGCCGGUGUUCGACAUGAUCGAGACGGUGCUGGUCAGGAAGUACUGGUUCACGCCGGGAUUCAGGCUCCGUCUCAUUGCCCGGACUGUCUACGUUGCACUCACAAUGUUCGUGGCCAUCACAUUCCCCUUCUUCAGCGAGCUGCUCAGUUUCUUCGGUGGAUUCGCCUACGCACCCACGAGCUACUUCCUUCCCUGCAUCAUGUGGCUCAUCAUCUACAAGCCCAGAAGGUUCAGUCUCUCAUGGUUCACCAACUGGAUAUGCAUUGUCAUUGGGGUGCUGCUGAUGGUGCUAUCACCGAUUGGCGGACUUCGGCAGAUGAUUCUGAAAAUCAAGACAUACAAAUUCUACCAAGACUACUCUGGCCUAAGCCAUAAUUAACACGCGCCCAUCAUCGGCUGAAACUGGUUUCUAAAUCUCAUCGAUGCCAUGGAAUUCCAAAAAAAAUAAAACAUUCUCAGAGAAAGAUACAUACAUGUACAGUCUCAUGACUAAUGAUGAUCAGUGGUCUUGUUAAUUUGUCUUGAACCAUGAAUUGGUUAUGGAUUACCAUAUGCAUAUAUGUAUCAGUAUUGUAGGGGAAAUGUUUGUGUGUGUUCACUUUGGACUUUGAUAGAGUAGCUUGUAGUGGGACAUUGAGAAAGAUGCAUGGGCCUUACAUGGUCUAUGUUAAAUCCCAUCCCCCCCUGAUAUCAUUGUAUAUUCUUUUCUUCUUCAAAUGAUUCUUCGUAAUA